CUCGCGAGAGUCACCGAGUGAGUGAGUUAGCCUUGGUCGGUGUUUCGGCUGCGGGUCGGAGGAGCUCCGGUUCGGUCCGGUAAUCUCCGCGUUAACACUGCGUAUUAAACCCCAGCGUUCGGGCUUCGCAUGGCGGCGGGGCCGGGCUCCGCGUCUCCGCGGGAGGAGGGCGAGCUGGAGGACGGGGAGAUCUGCGACGAUGAGCCGCAGGAGACGCAGCGCAGGCCUCAGGUCCGCUCGAGCACAGCGCACUUCCGGCCGGGUCUCCGGGCUCCGGGACCGACCGGGGAACCGAGCCCAAGAUCCAGCUUCUGGGAGCGCAGUCACGGAGCGCUGGGCCGGCUGCGGUACCGCGGAGGAGGCAGGGGGAACCGAGGGGCUGGCAGGCCGCAUCCGGGCCGCUACAACCCCGCGGAGCUGAUCCAGCACAGCCGGAGAGACUCUCCCAACCGGAAGAAGCAGGGCGGCCGGCCGAUGGGGAGGAAACCGGCCUACACGGUCAGCAAAGCGGAGAACGGAGUGGACGAGAGCUUCGAGGACCUGCUGCUGAAGUACAAGCAGAUCCAGCUUGAGCUGGAGUCCAUUCGUAAUGAGGAGAAGAAGGCCCUGAAGCCCAGCGAGGACUCUCCACAGAGGGAGGAGGAGGCUGGAGCGGGCACACCGCCGCCGGCGGGCACAGAGGGCGCCCAGCCUGAGGGAGCGACUGAGGUUUCUGCAGAAGACGCGUCGGGUUCAGAGAGAGAGGAGAAGAAAGUCUUUCAGGCCUUCAACAUCCGACCCCUCAGACAGAAGCUGCUAACGCCGGCCGAACGGGACGCGCUCAAACCCAAAACCGCGAUCGAGUCUGAGAAUAAAGAGCCCGAGAAAAAGGAGGAGGAGAAAAGUCCGAAUGAGUCAACAACGCAGAACGACGCUGUGGAGGACGAGGAGGGGUCGGAGUCAGACUUGAACAUCUCACUGCUGAGCAAAGAUUCAGCUGGAACUCCAGCCAAGGUGAAGGUGAAGGGGAAGGGGAAGGGGAAGGACGAGGACGACGAGCUGUCCGAGCUGCAGCUGCGUCUGUUGGCUCUGCAGUCCGCCAGCCGGCGCUGGCAGCAGAAGGAGCAGCAGGUGAUGAAGGAGAGUAAAGAGAAACUGAACCGGACAAAAACGCCGCCGGACCGGACCAGCCCCGCCUCCGAAAGGCUCCGGGUCACCACCAGGUCUGCCUCCGCAGGGAGGGGCCGGGCAGGGGCGGGGGUCAGAGGACAGGACAAGGGAAAACCAGCGGGCAGAGUGGGCAUGGAGAGGGUCAAACCUGCACCUAAAGGGCACAAUGCUAAAAAGACUGUCAGCCCAGGUCCGGCAGCUAAGCAGGCGUGGAGGAAGCAGCAGCUGCGGACGUGGAAGCUACAGCGGCAGCAGGAGGAGCAGAGGCAGAAGUACGAGGAAGAGGAGGAGAGGAGGAAGAGGGAGGACGAGAUCCGGCGAAUCAGAGAUCUGUCCAAUCAGGACGAGCAGUACAACAGAUUCAUGAAGCUGGUGGGCGGCAGACAGCACCGCGCACGCAGCAAGUCUGCAGACACUGACCACAGGAAACCUCUGCUGAAGCAGGGAGUGGACACCUCAGGAAACCUGUACCAGUAUGAUAACUACGAUGAGGUUGCCAUGGAUACGGACAGCGAAACUAAUUCCCCAGCCGCCUCUCCAGCACACGACCCGUUUGGAGCGAUCGGGUCGCAGUUCCUGGUUCAGAUGAUACCGUUCCCCUCAGACUCCUCACCUGUCACACAGGAUGUCUCUCAGUAUUGUGUGGACCCCCUGGUUGUUCGCUCGGCCCCACCCCCUCCUCCCCCACCGAUGCCCCCACCAGAUGAGCUGGAGCGCCCCCCGAAGCCUCCGUUCGCUGAUGAGGAGGAGGAGGAGGAGAUGAUGUUGAGAGAGGAGCUGCUCAAAUCCCUCGCCAACAAGCGCGCCGUCAGAGCGGAGGACGCUUCCAGUAACAGUGGUCCUCCGUCUCCAGCUGCCAGGCCCUUGUCUCUGCCCACAGCGUGGAGCUCCGCCUCCUCCAUCAUUAUCACCAGUGGCUCCCAGACACGCCCCAGCAAAUUCACCCGCGGACACCAACCCCCCCGACCCCCUCUGGUGCUGCCCCGACACAAGGCGGUGGUGGUGCGUCUGAACGGCUCCGACGACAGCGACUCUGAGGGCGAGGCGUCCAGUUCGGCUCACAGCGUGUUCGGGGGACUGGAGUCCAUGAUUAAAGAGGCUCGCAGGACUGUGGAGGCGGCCAAACCCAGGACUGUUCCAGCGUCAGAGAAGGAGAACAACCCCCUCAGGACCACGGAGACCCUGCCUGAGGACAGGAAGAUGGAGUACCGCCUCCUGAGAGAGGAGUUGGCCAGUCGUGAGAAGCAGCGUGCGGUGAGGUCAGAUCCUGCGCUGGCUGCUCCUGUGGGCUCUGAGCUGGACACGGCUGGACUUCAGCUCAGCGACGCCGAGGACAAGUUCAAGAAACACCGUGCUCAGCUGGAGAAGGACCAGGCUCUGCUGGAACAUCUCCGUCAGCAGGAGCUCAGGAAGAAGGAGUCUCUGAAAGCGGCGGAGACGAAAGUGGCCCGACUGAAGGAGCAGCUGUUGGCGUCUGAGCGGGUCGUGAGCGCCAACCGGCUGCUGCUGAAGAAGCUGCAGGAGCAGGUUCAUCGUGUGCAGCACCGCGUGGCAAUAAAGCAGCACCAGGCCCUGCGGCUGGAGAGGGAGAUGCUGGUGGCUCAGGCGAGAGCAGCGCAGAGCGGCUACAAACGCAACAACACCAACAACACCGUCUCUCAGCUCUCGCCCGGUAAGCGGCGUCGUGUGGACGGUUCUGACGCUCACUAUCUUGAGCUGAUCGCCCAGAAGAAGCGUCUGCAGCAGCUGGAGAGCGAGUACGCGCUGAAGAUCCAGAAGCUGAAGGAGGCUCAGGCUCUGCGUCAGGCUCAGGCCCCCGGCAGCCCGUAUCGCGUCCCCCAGCCCAGCCUGCACGACCUCACGCAGGACAAGCUGACGCUAGCCAGUGAGGACCCCGACCCCGAGGAGGAGGAGCUUCAGCCCACCGGAGCCACCAACACCCGCCGGCGGUCAUUCAGGGAGUCCGGCUCCUUCACCAAACCCAAACUGAGCCACCCCGAGACCCCGACCGCACCCAACGCGCCCGCGACGCCCGCCAAACACGGCCUGAGCGGCUCCGAACCCCCCCCUCCGGAGCUGCUGCUGGGGCUGAACGUGGAGGACCUGCGGCUGCGCUACCAGCAAUCCAGGACACUGCCAGAGCUGCUGCAGCAUGAGCUGCGCUCACUAGGGGGUGCUCUGGGGGUCAUCCGGCCCAGUGAGAGGGUGAUCCAGGUGGAUUUUGACCCGCUGGCAGCUCAGCAGGCUCGAGGGGAGCUGAAGCCGGUUUCUUUUGGACCUUACCGCAGUCCGCUGUUAGUGUUCAGAUCAUAUAGGUUCAGUCCGUAUUUCCGCACUAAGGAGAAACUGUCGCUCAGCUCCACCACCUACAGCAACCUUAUCGAGCCCAAAAAGUGUUUCUGUCGCUUCGACCUGACGGGCACGUGCAACGAUGACGACUGCCGCUGGCAGCACAUGAGGAACUGCACUUUAAACGGAAACCAGCUGUUCCAGGACGUUCUGUCCUACAGCCUGCCUCUGAUUGGCUGUUCAGAGGACAGCUCCACCGACGAGAUCGGCCGAGCCACAGAAAAAUACAUCAAGAAGCUGUUCGGCGCUAAUAAAGAUCGGAUGGGGACGGACCAGAAGGCCGUUCUGCUCGUCAGCAAAGUGAACGAGAGCUUACGGCACGUCCCGCCCUACACCACCUAUAAGGAGAAGAGGAAAUGGAGGCCGGAGCCUCAGAGAGUUCAGCCUGAGCCCGGAGAGAGUGAGGAGGAGAGCAGCGUUACUGUCCCACCUCCCACACAGAGCGACGGUCGUUUCCCGGAGUGCUGGUCCGUUUCGGAUGUGUGUGUGACUCAGGACGACAAGCGGUAUUUCGACAGCGAAACUGACGACAUCUCGAACCUGGAGUACAGCGUGUUGGAGAGCCCGCGAGACGUGCAGCUGUGGAUCAAACUGGCCUACAAAUACCUCAACCAGAAAGACACCAGUGCGGGGGAGUGUCUGGACGCUGCGCUGAACACGCUGUCCCGCGCUCUGGAGGAUAACCGCGAGGACGUGGAGGUCUGGUGUCACUACCUGUCUCUGUUCUCGCGGCGCGGCAGCAGGGACGACGUGCAGGAGAUGUGCGAGAUGGCUGUGGAGCAUGCGCCGCAUUACCAAGUGUGGUGGACUUAUCUGAACAUCGAGAGCACAUUUGAGGGGAAGGACACCGUGUGUAACAGCAUGCUGCAGUUUCUGCUGGAGUCUCCAGAGGGCGACAGAACGGAGGAGAGAUCCUUCCAGCUGCUGGAGACGCUGCUGUACCGAACACAGCUCAGUGUGUUUACAGGCCGACUGCACAACGCUCGCACAAUACUACAGAGCGCUCUGUUGUCAGAGGGAGAGGGGAAUGUAUCCGGGGGUCUCACUCUGUCCCAUGUCAGUCUGGCCUGGCUGUGUUAUAUCCACCUGUGUGAGUUCGGAGCGCUGCCCUCUCACCUGUUCGACCCAGCGAACUCCAACCCAUCACGCAUCGUCAGCCUGGAGCACUUCCUCCUGCCGUGGAGCUCCAAACAAGACCUGAACACCCACCCGGACCACCUCGUCAGUCUGUUCCAGGAUGCUCUGUCUCGCUGUGUGGAUGAUCAGGUGUCUCUGGCUGACCGGGCGCUGGCCUGCCUCCCUCUCCACACGAACCUCGUCCACUUGCUGCGGCUGCUCGACAGGCACCAGGAUGUGGUUGGUGUGUGUGAGAGUGUGCUGAGUGACUGUCCUCACUGCUGCCCCCUGCUGGAGGUCCUGAGUGAAGUGCACCUGGGGUCUGGAGCAGUGGAGGAAGCGGUGGGCGUUUGGCUCCGAGCCCAUUCACUCUGUCCUCAGAAUGCUCAGAUAUUCUACCACCUGUACAAACACCUGCACACACAGGAGAAGCACAGUGAGGCUGAAGAGCUCUUUGAGAAGUUUGUGUUGUCUUUCUGUGAGCCGGUCAGCGCUGCCCCCCCUCCUGUAGCAGUACUGAGGCACCUCCUCGGCCUCCCAGCACAGGACCUUCAGAGAGCGCCGCCCAGUGUCCGGCCUGAGCUCCAACAGCAGCUGCAGACGCAGCUCCCCUACCUGAGCCUCGUACACAGUCUGUGGCAGUCUGCACGAGGCAGCGUGGCGGAGGCUAUGGACGCGUUCGAGGCGGCGCUGGGAAGCGUCUCCAAACUGGAAGCCCUGCAGAAGCUCUGGCUGGAUUAUCUCCUGUUUGCUGGCAGUAAGGUGGCGGUGGUCCAGCCAGGGGGCCGCGAGCUACGUGUGUUUACUGACCUGCUGCAGCGUUGCCUAGCAACCGUUCCCAGCAGGGUCACUCUACCUUACAACAGCACCACCUACUGGAGCUCCUACACCUUCCACAACCAGGUGAUCUCGUUGUUCCUGAACUGUCUGCCUGUGUCUCUGCACACCUCAGUGCUGGAGAGACUCCGACACUCGAUGCCCACAAACACUGAACUGGCCCUCAGGUUGGUGCAGCAGGAAUGGAGUGACGGAAACGUUGAGCAUGUGAAGCUACAGACGAAAAUGCUGAGCUCUAGCGCCCCCUACUGCCUGGCCAGCUGGAAGAUAGCGAUCGCUGUGCAGAAGGAGCAGAAGGGGAGAGCUGAGGUGCAGAGGCUCUACCAGCAGGCCCUUCAGAAGCUGCCCCUCUGCGCUGCUCUGUGGAAAGAUUGGCUGCUGUUUGAAGCUGCAGGUGGGGGUAAAGCUGAUUCGCUGAGGAAGCUGGUGUCAAAGUGCCAGGAUGUUGGAGUGAGUCUCAGUGAGCUGCUCAGAUUAGGCCCCGCCUCCUCAGACGCUCAGGUGGACCCGUGAGGCCCUUCAGUCUGCAGACACCCCCCUCCCCCCACAACCCCCCCCACCUGCACAUCACUACCCAAACCCCCGCCCCCAACACAUACCCCACCUCCCAAAACAUACACCAGACCACUACCCCCACCCCCCACCCCUCCACCGGCCCCCCAGCUGCAGUAGGUAGAGCAGGAGGCUCUGACGUUGAGACGGUGGAGGAAAGAGGAAAAAAAAAACAGAACAGGGAGACGACCGUCCGUCCGCCCGUCUGUCCGUCUGUGUGUCUGCUGAAGAGUAUGAACUCCGGCUCGGCCACAGUGGGGCGCUGUUCCACCGUGCCGUCCUCUACGUAAGUAUGGAGCUGCUCUAAACAGCUGCUGCUCUUUCACUCCUUCCUUUCACUUUCUGUCCCGUGUGUUUGUUUUAGUUUGGCUCUUGUUUGGUCCUCCGCUCGGGGGGGGUCACGCUUAGCGGACUGAAGCGCAGCGACAGUAUUUUAUAGACGUUCAGCGUUUAUUUUGUCUCUCGCUGUAAAACCGAAUGACGGAUCAGAUUGACUCUUAAUUUGGAGGGUGUUUUUUAAGGGUUUAAAACCAAGCGAAAUUUUGUUGCCAUGGAUAUGAAUGGCUGCCAGAAGUAUUGUACUGACCCCAUCAGUGUCCACUGUAUUUUUGGAGACUGCUACAGAGACUGCCAGACUCCUGGUCACUCCUGGUCACUCCGGGUCACUCGGGGUCACUCUCAGUGUCGCCUCAGUCGAGGAGCGAUCAGAAGUAGAUCACCUGUUUAUGUGCAAAACUGUGUUU